UAAACUGCUGUUAAACUCUGAACGUGUAACAUCUUUAAUACUAGUAAAGUACCGCAUUGAAAGUUAUGCUGUCAUUCCAGAGUUAGCUAGUUAGUAAAAUGACCAAGCCUAAAAGCUUAUAGCACCACCAAGUGGAGAUAUUGUGCUUGUACUGCUCAUUACUUGAUGUGAAUAGUUAACAUUCAAAGGGACUCUUUGACACCACAACGUUAAAUCUACAAAUAAGACAUUUCACUUCCCAGGAUGUAGUUCAUGUUGGCUCUAGAAGUGUUGAUCCAGUAGCUCACCUUUUACUCAUGUGCCUCCCAUUCCAGAAUGCUGUGCCGAAAGUACAAUCUAACUCAAUAAAACAAAUAAAAAAAAAUAAAUAAAAAAAAAGGUUUCUAACUGUGCACGUGGGACAAAUGUCGGGAGGGGUAAAGCGCACGCACACAUUACGUGCGGACACCAGCAUCUUCCGGCAGCAUGCAUGCACUUGUCAUGCCCCCAUCUGAGCGUGGAGAGGAGAGGAGGGAGGUCUGCUCCGUCUUCUAUAUUUAAAUCAAACUAGAGACCGGUGUGAAGCCUCUCUGUACAUACGUUGUUGCUGCUCUGGAAUACGCUUCGAUCUCUCUUGGUGGCGCAUCGGACAGGACUUCAGUGAACAGGUAAGAAGGAUGUGCCGGCGUGAGAACAGCGGAGAAAAAUCAUCUCCAGUUCGUGCGUAAAAACAAACUUGUGCCGUGCGUAAAUAUCACAAUAAGUGGUCGGAGAAGGCGUGCUGCUCUCCUCGGAAAUCAACAUUCUAACUUCCGUCGCUGUCGUGGUGCAGCAGACCGACCUAUAGUGGCGCACUGUCCCAGCUGGGUUAAGUUAAGGAUUUAGUUCUAUUGCAAGGUCAAAUAUGAGGUAAACCGCAGAGGCAGGCGGCUUCCUCCGGCCCCCAGCAGGCCAUGGAGGGACUCUACUUUGAAGUGAAGCCCAGGAGAGAUGAACCCUCUGAGAAACCCCCUCCUAAAAUAAGGUCGAACCGCCGCUCAUGUCCAUCACUCCCACAUCUCGCCUCUUCCACACCGUGUCCUCAGAGACUAUCUGCGAGGAAGAGGAUUGCAUCGUUGGGGGCAAAGGUAGAGGAGGAAGAGGAGGAGGAGGAAGUACGAUACAAACUGGCGUUGAUCGGCUCUCUGCCCGUCCACCACCUGACCACCAUGGCCAUGCUGCCCUGGGUGGUGGCAGACAUCAGUAAGUCUGCAGAGAAGAGUCCGGGGGCGGCGUCGCGGUCCGGGGGACAGUCGGGCCCCUCCGCCCCCAAUCAGCCAGUAAUUCUGUGUGUGUCGGCGUCGUGGGUGCGCUGCGUGUCCAUCCUGGGAGAGGGGGUCGUCUGGGACCCCCUGACACACACGGUGCUGUUUGAGUGUCGCCCCCACCAAGUGACGAAGCUGAUUCACAACAGCCAGGAGCCCAGCAGCUUCGGCUGCCUGGUCAGAGAUGCACCGAGCUGCUCCUGCUAUGUGUUCCUGUGCCAGGACAGCACCAAGGUUCCCGAGAUCAUCAGUACGUUGAGGCAGGCCGGGAAGAGCUCGGCGCGCAGCGAUGACAUCACCUCCACUUCCACCAAAACGUCCUCUGGAGGCAACGACCCCCCCGAGACAUGUCGCUCGUCUCUCUCAGCGAAGGCGACCUCCGCGGCACCCUCUGCUGCCCUGUCUCCGACAGCCUUUUCCAAGAAGUUCGAGGUGCUGUUUUGCGGCCGCGCGAGUGUCGCUCACAAGAAAGCCCCCCCGGCCCUGAUCGACGAGUGCAUCGAGAAGUUCGGCCAGCUGCAUGGCUCGGGGGCGAGCGACAAAGGAGUGAAUGGCGCUGGGUUGGCGGGCGGGCUGAGGAGGGCAUUGACCUUUCAACCCAACGGACUCGAGAGCGGCGACGUCGGUAACGGUGCUGCGGGGAGCCCAACCACCGGGAAGCGACCCGUCAUGUUCAAAAGAGACCCCAGCUUCCCCUGUCUGCAGGCCCUGGAUGAGAAUGGACUCUCACCUGAGAUCUCUCACACCAACACUACUGAGGCACACGCCCACUCCGCUGGAGUCCAGCCCACCAGCCUGCAGGAGAACAGGACCAUGCUGUUUACGGUGGGCAGGUCUCAGAUCUUCUUGGUCAGUCCAGACACUAAGAAAGUUGCCAUAGAGAAGACGUUCAGAGAGAUCUCCUUCUGCUCACAGGGUAUCCGUCACGUGGAUCACUUCGGCUUCAUUUGCAGGGAGACGGUGGAAGGAGGAAGCUGCCACUUUGUGUGCUACGUGUUCCAGUGCACCGACGAGUCGCUGGUGGAUGAGAUCAUGCUGACUUUGAAGCAGGCGUUCUCUGUGGCUGCCCUGCAGCAGAAUGCAAAGACCCAGAGCCAGCAGUGUGGCGACUGCCCCAUGCAGCAGCUCCACAGACUGUGUGAGAGGAUAGAAGGUCUGCACCCAUCUAAAACAAAGCUGGAGCUUCAGAGACACCUGGCCACUCUGGACAACCAAGAGCAAGCGUCGGUCUUUGAGAACACUAUGAGGGCUCGUCCUAAGAGCGACCAGGAAGAGAAUGAAUUGGUGAUGGCCUCUUUGAGGGAUCUGUAUGAGGAGAGGCAGAGGAGCCAUCAGCACACUCUGCCUGGAGACAGCAAACAGGUGUGUGAGGAGGCAGCUUCAGCCCCAGUGGAUCCACAGCAGAGUAGCAGUCGGCAGCGACUCGAGCAGUUCAAGAGCCGAGCCAAGCGCUCGCUAACAGAGUCCCUGGAGGGGAUCUGGAAGGGGAGCAGCAAGGCCCGAGCUCAGAGGGACAACAGUGUAGGAAGCGAUGGCGGCAUUUAUACGCUCAACAGCAGCCAGGACCAGUCUUGUCUAGAUGACCCCUUGCCCGCCUCCUCCCAGCUGCGACCCACCAGCCCACUCAGGUGCCACAACUCAACAGGGGACCUGAAGCGCCUUGACUCCUCUCUCCCCCUGUCCCCCUCCGCUUCCUCUCAACCCGGCGACGCUCAGCCUCAGGGCUUCCGCCGACGGGCCAGCACCUUCAGCCACCCUCCCACCCCUUCCUCAGCAGAGAGCUCGCCGCUGCACGCACUGACUCGCAUACCGCAGGACCCCGCUGCAGCCAGCAAGCCCAAGCUCGUACGCCACUACUCCGUCAGCACCGACACACCACACCAGAGCAAACAUCUCCCAACCGACUCCGCCUUUCCUCCUGUUCCUCCCUGCCCUUCAUCUCCCUCUUUUCUCCACCCUCAUCACCCUUCCUCACCGUCUAGUGGAGCGCAGCUCAAUAAAAGACGUCCUCUGGGUGGUCUGCGCGCUCGUCUCCCCUCCUCCGCCUCUGUCCCAAAUUUUCUGAAAUUUACAUUUCUGGCCCGUGUCCAAGAGUAUGACUGUCCCGAUGUCCCAAAGAGCAGUGAUGUAGCAGCUCUGUCUGCAGCGAGUGCAGCAUGUGGUGUAGGGGAAAGCCCUCUGCGCAGCCACCGCCACUCGUGGAGGCAGCAGAUCUUCCUACGGGUCGCCACACCGCAGAAGAACACAGACACCAAUGAGAGGGGGGACCCCUGUCUGGAGGGGGGCCUGCUGUGCGCUGGCCAGGUGGGAGUUGGAGGGAGCGGGGACUCGUCCAUACGGGCGGUGCCCGAGGAGAGGACGAGACGGAGCAAAGAGGAGCUGAGGGAGCUCUGGAGGAAGGCCAUCCUGCAGCAGAUCCUGCUGCAGAGGAUGGAGAGUGAGAACCAGAAGCUACAGGCCUCGGAGAGCGAUCUGCAGAACAAGCGCCUGAAGCUGGACUACGAGGAAAUCACCCCGUGUCUGAAGGAGGUCACUCUGGUCUGGGAGAAGAUGCUGGGAACUCCUGCGAGGGCAAGGGUCAAGUUUGACACGGAGACCAUCCACGCUGCUGUUGCACAAGGCGUCCCGAGGCAGCACCGGGGCGAGAUCUGGAAGUUUCUGUCCGAACAAUACCUGCUCAGGCAGACGGUCCCGUCCCGACCGCCCGCCAAUCACACUCCGUACAAAGAGCUGCUGAAACAGCUGACCACGCAGCAGCACGCCAUCCUCAUAGAUCUGGGUCGCACUUUUCCCACUCAUCCGUAUUUCCAAGCACAGCUGGGGGCAGGACAGCUGUCUCUGUAUAAUCUACUGAAAGCCUACUCACUGCUGGACCCAGAGGUGGGCUACUGCCAGGGCCUGUCCUUCAUUGCGGGAGUGCUGCUGUUACACAUGGAGGAGGAGGACGCCUUCUACAUGCUCAAAUUUCUCAUGUAUGACGUGGGGCUCCGCAAACAGUACAGGCCUGACAUGAUUAUCCUGCAGAUUCAGAUGUACCAGCUGUCGCGGCUGCUCCACGACUACCACAGGGAUCUCUACAGCCACCUGGAGCAGCAGGAGAUUGGACCCAGCCUGUACGCCACACCCUGGUUCCUCACCGCCUUCUCCUCGCACUUCCCCCUCGGCUUCGUGGCCAGAGUCUUCGAUAUGUUGUUCCUGCAGGGGUCAGAGGUCAUCUUCAAGGUGGCCUUGAGCCUGCUGGGGAGCCACAAGCCUCUGAUCCUGCAGCACGACAGCCUGGAGUCCAUAGUGGACUUCAUCAAGACCACACUGCCCAACCUGGGCCUGGUACAGAUGGAGAAAACCAUCAACCAGGUGUGUCAGAUGGACAUGUCCAAGCAGCUCCAGGCCUACGAGGUGGAGUACCACGUCCUGCAGGACGAGCUGCUGGACACGCCCCCGACCCUCACCCAACAGCAGCGAGCCGCGCAGCUGGAGAGGACCAAUCAGAGCCUCCGGCAGCAGAACCUCGACCUGCUCGAGGAGCUGCAGGUGUCACACGCUCGCGUCUGCAGCCUGGAGAGCCGAGUGGAUGCCCUGGCCCAGUCGGAGGGCCAGCUGAGGGAGCAGGUUUCCGCGCUGGAGGGGGAGAAGGAGCAGCUAGCGAGCACCGUCGCACGCCUCCGGGACCUCCUCACCGGCCUCGGCAUACACGCAGCCCCCGACGGACGUGCGCUCCCGCCACCCCCUGGACGAAGCGCAAAGACGGAAGACAGCGAGGGGCUGGCUAUCAGGACUGCAGACUCCCUUCUCCACCCUUUGGUUCUCCCAGAAGGCUCAUAACCGCACCCCAAUAAUUUCCCAAAUGGUUAAGGUCGAGCGGAGGAGGAGACGGUCGUGGGAGACCCAGGAGGAGACUCUCGUGAGAGACGUUAAGAUGACUCCCUACCUCGACCUUUGUCCUCUCCCCGGCUCCAGAAUGUUAAUAAGAACUGUAAACUGGACCUAAAGCAAAGAAAAAUAAAGGAUGGCACCCUUGAGUGUUUUAUCCCAAAGUGCCCACUUCCCGCUGUCUAACAAAUACAAAUGAACAUGUGAUUCGAACAACAACAACCACCAAAGGUAGCACUGUCCCACUGGGCCUCUACUGUUUGCUCCUGUAUGUCUGUCCGCGUCUCUAAACGUCUGUCUCGUGUGUUUUAUGCUCCUGUGUCGGAUGCAACAAGGCUAACGCAGCCAAAGAAUGUCAUUAUUAUUAUUAUUAUUAUUAUAAAACAAGCUUGAACAAAGAUUCAGAGCCUGAAACAACACGUUUCUGAUCGCGACUACACAUAAGUAAAACAAAGAUGUUUCCAAAGAAAAAGCAGUGUGGCAACAAAGUGAGAUGAAGGGGACGGGUGAAGAAAUAAACAUCAUGACAGUGUUUUUUUUUUUCUAUUAUAUAAGUUGAAUAGACAUAAGCUAAAGUAUAUCAAAUCUUGGACGGUGGUGCUCAUAUUCAGAGGUCAAAGGUGAACCGUUUUUUGAUUUCUCCUCCGUAUUUAUGUUCUUCCUCGGUUGCGUAUCCUGAUCCAGUACGUUUUCAGCUUUAGUCACGGUUGCGCGCAGGAAAAGUAACACAACAAACAGUCCAUUUCACUUCCCAUCUUUUUGCUCUUUGAACACACGUCGACCCGUCUGCGGCGAAAGGGAAACGGAUGCCGUUUCAGCAAAAAAAACAGUAGCUGGGCCGCCCCCCCGGUGAGGGGAAGUACAGACUUUUACACAUCAAUUGAUUUCAAUCCCUUCAAAACACACUUCUGUGAAGCUUCAAACGGGGAAACCUCCGCUGUUGAGGCGAUCUGUCAGCUACGAGUCAUUUACUGUAUUCAACACACUGAAUUCCUUGGACCCCAAGGGGCAGCCUGGUGUGUCCCUGUCUAAAUGUGUGCGUUGUGCCAUUCACUGACAAAUCUGUUGAUUUACACUGUAAAGAUAUUAAGCUUUUACUCAUGACUCUGUCUUGCACAUGUAUUGUGUUUUUAAUUGAUUGAUGCUAUUAUUGUCAUCCUGUACCUUAAAAUACAUUUCAUAUCCUUUCAGCACUUCCGUGUUCUGUCAA